GAGGCGAGCCGAGCCAAGCCGAGCCUCCUCCUCCUCCUACCCUAGCCCCACUCUACCAAACAAAAGUGAAAAUCCAUUAGUUGCCUUCCCAGCUGAUGCCAAACUAUUGGUCCUCUUGCUCUUCCAGAUCCACCAUGAGACGUCGCAAGCUGCUCAUCUGCUGGGCAGCCCUCCAGGCGGGCUCAACCAUGAUUACCUGCCUGCUGUUGCUGCUGACCAGCUCACAGCACGGCUAUCAGGUGGCGGCCGGCAUUGUGCCGCCACCCUGGAGUGAUCCGGCCACGAACCCCUGCGCCAGCAUGUCCGGGGGCUGGCAGCUGCUCUACUGGACGCCGCUAAAGAAGUGCUUCAAGAUCUUCACUCUGGGCUAUCCCUGUCCAGACACCAUGGAGCUGAGUCCCACACCAGUUAGUGCCAAGCGGAAGGAUCUUCCUGCGGCCGAGUGCCGCUGUCCGCCGGGAACUGCUCUCAGUCCUCUGACCAGCUCUGUGUGCCACAAGCUUUACGAGCGGGGUCCGUGUCAGAGCACAGAAUACUUUCAGCCCCUACCAGAUCAGGCCAAGAGGACUGGCAACCGGUGGGGCACCUGCAAGCGUCCGUUGCAGUGCCCCGAUGGAAUGAUCUUCUGGCCGAGAGACAACAAGUGCUAUACGCGACGAAGUCGUGGACCCUGCAGCCGGGGAAAGUUGCUGGUGCGCAACGAGGACGGGCUGGCCGAGUGCAGGUGCGAGGAUGCAGGCGAACUGGCCUUGUACUACUCUCCGUCGGAGGACUCGUGCUAUGAGCACUAUACCAAAGGACCUUGCUCCACGCCGGGUCACAUUUUCAUGCCGGGUGGUCGGUGCGACUGCCAGCAGCAUCUGCCCCAAUAUCAUGCCCCUCAGCAGAUGUGCUUCGAGCUCGAUACUCCGGGACCCUGUCCUCCUGGACACAUAUUUCGCAUACCCGACAAUGCUGAGGCGACGACUGAUGGCUCUUUGCAACUGCUGCCUCGGGCCAGGUGUCUGUGCAAGGAAGGCUACGUGCCCUGGACCGAUGGCAUCUGCUAUCGCCUGUACACACGGGGACCGUGCGGUGCCAACGAGUUCCUGGUGAAUGCCACCUCCUGUGUGCGCAACUUUUGCGGCAAGAAUCGUCUGUACUUCCCGGCCGAGGACUCUUGCUAUCGAAUAGGCUCCCAGGGCCCGUGCUCGCUCCAUCAAGUGGUGAUCUUCGAUUUCACCGCGCGCCCCUCGCUCGACGGCAUCUCCUACAAUGGAAUGUGCGGCUGUGCGGGAGUACUCACUAACUUGGACCAACAGUGUUCCGGCACGGGCUCCGGAUCUGGCUUCGGCUCGGGCGCCGACGUGGAGCAGAACAUCUGCGAGUCGACGCCUGGCAUGGUCGAGAUCAACGGCCAGUGUCACAAGCUGUACACCCGAGGUCCCUGUGGGGCUGGCCAGUGGCUAGAGCCACUCAAGAGUCACUCCCAGACGAAUACAUCGAUCUUGGCCUUCGGCAGUCGAGCCAAGUGCGUCUGCCGCCCCGGCUACACGGCCACGGAGGCGGACCAGAGGGGCCUAAGCAACUGCAGUGCUCCAAGCGUGAGCCUGGCGAGGUAUUUAACGAUCGAGCGACACAACUCAAAGUUCCUCAAUGAUCUACACUCCGGUUCUCCCUCCCUAAACUAAAUGUUAAUACCAGCCUUUCAAACUAUCCUUUGUAGUCUCUGGGUCUUUGUCUGGGUCUGGUUUUGAGUCCCCGCAUGCCUACUCUCUUCAUCCUUCUCUUUGAUCU